AUGAACACAAGAUCGGACCCAGUGGUCAUCGUCUCGGCGGCUCGUACCGCCAUAGGUCAGUGUCCAGGAGGCUCCCUACAGGUGCACAGAGAACCCGGCCAAUGGUCCGCUUCCCCUGUGGUGGCAGGUUCCAUCAGUGGUGCCCUGUCCACCGUGCCUGUCCACGACCUGGGGACAACUGUCAUCAAAGAAGUUCUGCAGAGGACCAAGGUGGCUCCGGAAGAGGUGUCCGAGGUCAUAUUUGGACACGUUUUGACCGCAGGUUGUGGGCAGAAUCCUACUCGACAAGCCAGUGUGGGUGCGGGGAUCCCCUACUCGGUGCCAGCAUGGAGCUGCCAGAUGAUCUGUGGCUCGGGCCUAAAAGCCGUGUGCCUUGCAGCUCAGUCCAUAGCCAUGGGUGACUCCACCAUCGUGGUUGCUGGAGGCAUGGAGAACAUGAGCAAGGCCCCUCACUUGGCUCACCUGAGAUCAGGAGUGAAGAUGGGUGAGGUGCCACUCGCCGACAGCAUCCUCUGUGAUGGCCUCACAGAUGCGUUUCACAACUACCACAUGGGCAUCACAGCUGAAAACGUAGCCAAAAAAUGGCAAGUGAGCAGAGAGGCCCAGGACAAGGUUGCCGUUGUGUCCCAGAAUAGGGCGGAGCAUGCGCAGAAAGCUGGCCACUUUGACAAGGAGAUUGUGCCAGUGCAGGUGUCUUCUAGAAAAGGUCUUACUGAAGUGAAAAUCGAUGAGUUUCCUCGUCAUGGGAGUAACCUUGAAGCCAUGAGCAAGCUGAAACCUUACUUUCUUACUGAUGGGACUGGAACCGUCACAUCUGCUAAUGCAACAGGAAUGAACGAUGGCGCCGCUGCUGUGGUUCUUAUGAAGAGGACGGAAGCUGAGAGUCGGAUGCUGAAACCUUUAGCACAAGUGGUCUCCUGGUCACAAGCCGGUGUGGAGCCUUCUGUCAUGGGAGUAGGGCCGAUUCCAGCCAUAAAGCAAGCUGUUGCAAAGGCAGGCUGGUCCCUACCUGAUGUUGAUGUGUUUGAAAUCAACGAGGCCUAUGCAGCUCUCUCUGUUGCAAUAGCUAAAGAGCUUGGAUUAAACCCCGAGAAGGUGAACAUCGAUGGAGGAGCCAUUGCCUUGGGCCAUCCUCUGGGAGCAUCUGGCUGUAGGAUUCUAGUGACCUUGUUACACACCCUGGAGAGAGUGGGUGGGACUCGUGGUGUUGCAGCCCUGUGCAUUGGGGGUGGGAUGGGGAUCGCAAUGUGUGUUCAGAGAGGGUGAGACACCACCCUUACAGUUCUCAUUCAAACACGUGAG